AUGGCCAUGAACGCGAACGCGAACGGCGGCCCCGUCAACGGCACGCCCGUCAUGGCAGCCAUGAACAUGCCCGGCCCGCCGCAGCUCCAGCAGCAGAUGGACCCGCGCGAGCAGCUCAACACGUACAUCUACGACUACUUCCUGCGCAACAACCACAACCGCCUGGCGCGCGCCAUGGUCGAGUGCGACAUGAAGAUGUCGACCUCGGUCGUGCCCAAGCCCAGCCCCGGCAACAAGCCCAAUGGCAUCGACCCCAUGGACGACGACUCGGUCACCGGGCUGCCGAACCCGCUGCUGCCCAAGAACCAGAUGGCCGACAACUCGUUCCUGCUCGACUGGUGGGUCCAGUUCUGGGACAUCUACCAGGCCACCAAGGUGCGCUCGGGGCAGCCCACCAAGGGCGCCCAGUACAUCCAGCACACCCGGCACAUCACCCAGAUGCAGAACGAGCAGCGCAACCAGCGCAUGAUGAUGAGCAACCCCAUGAAUGCCCAGUACCAGAACGUGGGCAACAUGAUGCGCACCAACAUGCCCAACGGCGUCGCCCAGAACGACCUCAAGCGCGCCGCCCUCCAGAACAACCGCCCCAACGGCAACCCUAUGGCCAACAUGGGCCAGAUGAACAAGCCCAACCUGAUGGGCGCCCAGAUGCAGCGAGACGGCUCGCAGAUGGACAUGAACGGCCAGCGUGCCCCCUCACCCAGCUCGAACGAGAACGCCCCGUCUCCGAACAAGCGGCCUCGGGUUGAUGGCGCCAUGAGCAGCAACAUGCCCAAUGCUCAGUUCAACGAGUUUGGCCAGCAGGCCAACAAUGCGCAGCAGAAGAACAUUGAGGUAUACGCCCAGGGCCUGGCCCAAGUACACAGAGUAGCACUCAAUAACACUGCCUCCCCCCAGGCUAUGACCCAGGGCUCUCCCAUGAACCAAGGCCUGGACGGCCAGGAGAUCAUGUUUGCCGGGCCUAACCAACCCCGACCCGGCAUGCCACCCCAGCAGGCCGGUCAGCAGCCCCAGCAGGGCAGCCAUGCUCUGCAAGACUACCAGAUGCAGCUCAUGCUACUGGAACAGCAGAACAAGAAGCGGUUACUCAUGGCAAGGCAAGAACAGGACAACAUGUCUGGUCCGCACCAGCAGGGCCAAGGCCAGUUCCCACCAGCCAUGUCACCCUCCGGGUCUCGAGCUGGGCCGUCGCCAAACCCAGCAGAUAUGAAGGGCCGGACUCCCAAGCUGGGCCAGCAAGGACUGCCGGGCUCGCCCAUGCCCGAGGGCGUGAUGCAACAACAGCGCGGUUCGCCUGCACCCAACAUGAACUUCCCCGAUCCCAACCUCGCAACUCCAGGCAUGCCGCCGCAGUUUUACCCGCAGAUGCCCAACAACCCUAUGAUGCGCCCGCCAAGCUCACACCCGGGCGCAAACUUCAAUGGCCAGCAGCAUAUGACACCACAACAGAUGGAGGCUAUGCGCAACAGUCAAAUGAACGGUCAAUGGCGUGGCGGACCACCGCAACCCGGAAUGCCUCAGCAGAUGAUGCAGGGCGGUCCUAUGGCCGGCGGCCCCCAGCAGCGGGGUCCGGGUCAGAUGCCGCCUCCUCCAGCGCCUGCGAACGAGCAGCGACCCGAAGCCUCUCCAGCAAUGUCCAACCAAGCGCCGCCGACACCAAACCAGGCGAACAAAGCAGGGCCAAAGAAGAAGGGUGCCAAAGACAACAAGCCUCAACAGGCCCCGCAGCCCCCGCAAGCGCAACCUGCCCAGCAACAGCAGCCGAUGGGCAGCGAUGCUCCGUUUGGCGAUCUCACGGAGAACACGUUCGAUAUCGGCCUCAACUUUGGAGACGGCGAUGCCGCGCUCGAGAACUUUGACUUCGACUCGUUCCUACAUACCGGUGAAGACCCCGGCGGUUUCGGUAGCUUGGUCGGAUUCGAUGACUUUACAAACGGUGUCGAGGCUGGCGAUGGUAUGUAG